AUGGGCUGCCUCUUCUCGCGCCGCAGGAAGCCGGCCCAGGGCGGCCAGCAGCAGCAGCAGCAGCAGGAGGAGAAGGCGCCGCAGUACAGCUGGGACCAGCGAGCCAAGGUUGACCCCAAAGAUUACACUUUUUCUGGACUUAAAGACAAAACUGUGGGUCGACUGCCUGGAAAAGUAUCAGGGCAACAAUUCAUCAUUCAGGACUGUGAGAACUGUAGUAUCUACAUAUUUGACCAUUCUGCUACAAUCACUAUUGAUGACUGUGUAAACUGCCAAAUCUUUUUAGGACCAAUAAAAGGCAGCGUCUUUUUCCGUGAGUGCAAAGAUUGUAAAUGUGUAGUGGCCUGCCAACAGUUUCGCACUCGGGACUGCAGAAAGCUGGAGGUAUUCUUGUGCUGUGCCACGCAGCCUAUUAUUGAGUCCUCCACAGGUAUGAAAUUUGGAUGUUUCCAGUACUAUUAUCCUGAGCUUGCUUUACAAUUUAAAGAUGCUGGACUGAGUAUCUUCAAUAACACAUGGAGCAACAUCCAUGACUUUACCCCUGUGUCAGGAGAAAAUAACUGGGGCCUUUUGCCUGAGAAUGCUGUAGUCCAAGAUUAUGUUCCUCUGCCCAGCUCUGAGGAGCUGAAAGCUGUCAGAAUUUCUACCGAUGCUGCGAGGAGCAUAAUACCAGUAACUCGAGGGCGGAGACAGAAAACCAGUGAUGAAUCGUGUUUGGCUGUGUUUUUUGCUGGUGACUACACAACUGCAAAUGCCAGGAAGUUAAUUGAUGAGAUGACUGCCAAAGGCUUUCAGCUGGUACAGACUAAAGAAGUCUUAAUGAAGGCAGAGGAUGCUCACAGAGUUUUCCAGCAGUGUGCAUCAGAAUUCAUUCCACUGCUUGAAAAAGGUCCAGUGGUUGCUUUGGAGUUCAGUGGAGACGGUGCUGUGGAAGGAUGUCAAAGCACUAUAAAUGAUGUUUUUAGUGGGACUAAGGUUUUUGUAUCGGAGAGCAAGGCAUCAGCGUCUCAAGAUGUAGACAAUUUCUACAACUUUGCUGACAUGCAGAUGGGAAUGUGAAGUUUAACAUGAAGGUGUUCACGUACGGUUUGUCUCGGCACUUGGAUGUCACUUGGCUUGAAUAUUGCAGUAGUAUCUGAGAAUUUUUGUCAUUUGGUUUUGUAUUUCUCAUAUAUCCCUUUUAUAAAGCUAUUGGUGGCUUUAAUACCAUAUUACCUGAACUGAAGUAAAUAGCAUAGCUCCCCACGUGUGUUGUGUUUGAAACUUAUAUUUCAACUCCAGAAACAAUGGAGGUUUUCUACUAACUUUUUACAGUGAUUUCUAAAUUUCUAUUGACACUUGAAUGUUUCUUGUCAACAUCUAAUGGUAAGACAUAUUUGAAAAGUGCAAUGCUGAUCCAGAUUUGAUGCAGUAGUAAUUGUUACCUUUAACUCAAGACACAUUGUUUAGAAAGUGCAUUUAUGUGAAACUCGCUGUUCAAACCAUAACCAUAUGCAAAUUUGUCUUCAUUGGGGGCCAGAGAGGAAGCUGUAGUCAUUGACUUUCUGAAA